CGCUGGGCUGGGCUGGGCUGGGUAAGCUUUUCGCCCUAUAAAAGGGAAAGUCAUAAACCCUAACCCCUUCCAAAGCGAUCGUCUGUCCUUGCAGUGAGAGGUAUAUCAGGUGGUUUCAAAAUGUAUCUUCAGUUUUACAUAAACGAGAAUGGUGAUAAGGUUUACACCACCAAGAAGGAGUCACCACUGGGGCUGGCUACUCAAUCUGCUCAUCCAGCUCGCUUCUCUCCUGAUGACAAAUUCUCAAGGCAAAGAGUUCUUCUAAAGAAACGCUUUGGAUUGUUGCCAACCCAGCAGCCGCCUCAGAAGUACUGAAUCUAUCGUCUGCUUUCUGCUGUAUUUUGGUUGAACUAUCUAAAUACGGAGCUUUGCUUCUCAACUGCCAAAGAUUGUUCUUGUUAUUAAUCUUUCUGGCUAUAGAAUGUAGUUAAUUUGCCCCAUAAUGUAGCCAGUAUUGUUAUUGUGGUUAAUGUGCUCUGGCCAAAUACAUUCUGAAAAGCUGAAUAUUUGGUUUUUGAUUGCA